CCUGAAUAAGUUAUUCGAAGCAAGUAACGAUGAAAUUUGUAUUAUCUACUUUUGUGUACUUGCUACACAUAUAUUAACGAGUUGAUAUGUUCAAGUAUUUCACAGUUUCGAAAUAUCAGUGUUAAUUUUUUGUUGUACGUGAUCACGAAUACUUCUACACAUGUGCUUCAGGGGCGCUGCAAACGCAUUAAACCGCUGAGUCGACCUAAAACUUUGUAUACAUUGUGUUGUAUGCAAGACCCCUGACUGACAGUUCUCUACGCUCUCUGGUAGAGAGUGUCGUAUACCUUUAUCCUGAAAGCAGCUAGCUGUCUUGUACGUCGCAUCAAAAUCCUGUGUAUUUAUUUACGUUGUUCGCGUGAUAAAAUGUGAAUAACGCCACUUUAGAGCGUGGUAAAUUCAGAGUAAAACACAUUUAACAGAGAAAUUACUCAUGCCAGUGGAAAUGGAAUGUCCUGGUAUUACGUUUCAUGUGCAAUGGAAAAAGAAGCCCGGAACUGUCACCCGUCAAGACGACACAAGCAUAGGUCUUUGGGACCCUGAUGAUUCUACUUUAGAUUGGCCAACAUUUAAGUCUUACGUGUGUCAAAAUCUUGGAGUUGCUGACAAUUUAACUGUUGCUUACAUGGAUAGCGAAGGUGAUGAGAAAUUCCGAGCCACUGUAGCCUUCAGUGCAGGAAUGUUGAAGCUCUCCGUGUAUUUUGCAAGACAACAGUCCUAUAAAGGUGUAAUAACCGUUCUGAAGGUGGAUCGUCAGGAGGCAGGAAACUCCAGUACACCAACCAGUAAGGUUUCAGAAAAUGUAAGUCAAGAUAAAGCUAAAUCUUUGCUCAUGUCUUGCACGAAACAGAAAAGCAAGACUGCCUCUAAAUCAACUCACAAGUCAAAUUCAAGUGGAAAAAAUGGCCAUUCAAGUACGAGUGAAGAUAGGAGGAGCAAAGAAAGCAAGGCCAGAUCCAGUGUUGAUAACCGUGACUCCCCUAACAUGGAUCAAGGAGAACUCUUAUUAAAAGUUCUGGAGAAACUUAAGAAAAUGAAUUUAGAACAAACUGACGCACCUCCACCAUGGUUUAGAAGAUAUAUGCAAAAGAUGAAAAGUGACAUUGUGACUGAAGUGACGAACAACAUUUUGCAUGAAAUUCAACGUGUAGUUCCAAUGCAGAGAGAUUAUAAUGCACCAAGAAGCAAUUCAUGGGUUUUGAAUAAGAAUAAGAAGAAGAAAAAACUCUCUGAUGAAGAAUCUUCAGAUGGCGCUUUGGGGUGUGAAUCCAGAGACCAUAAACUGCUGAAAAAGAUAGAAAAGCUGCAUAAACGUGAAAAGAAAUUGGAAAAACUAGAUUCCAAACUAGAGAAACUUGAAAAUAAAACAAAGAGAAUGAUGGAGAAGAGAUCACAAUGUAAAGCUCGUUGUGAAAGAUUACCAGAGCGAAAAAUUUGUCCUGUGAAAAGGAGGUCUGGUGAUUUGCAUUUUGGCACAUACUUGAUGGAUGCAAUAUUACUUAAUGAUGGGCCAGCAAGUGAAAUUACCAUUUUUCCUGGUCAUAAUUUCACAAAAGUGUGGGAAAUCAUGAAUGCAGGGACUCUACCUUGGACUGAUAAAACAGAGUUACGCCAAGCAUGGGGGACAUCUGGCCUGGAACCAGAAGAGACUGUUGUGAAAUGUCCAAUACUGCAGCCUGGGGAACAAGGGACCAUAAGUGUACGGUUUCGUGCUCCUGCAUUUCCUGGAAAAUUCAAGUCAUAUUGGCACUUCUAUCACAUGGGUGAUAGAUUUGGUCACUGGAUUGGAUGUGCUGUAGUUGUUAAGGAUAUGAAGGAAUUACCAGGACAUCUUAACAAAGAAGUUAUAUAUGAGCCAAAUGGACAGAAUGAUCUCUCUCUUGAUUCUGGUAUUAAAAACAAGUCUGAUGUAAUUAAUAAACUCCCUUAUUGUAAAACUGAAUGUAAACUGAAAAGCAGUCUUCCUCCAGCUCAUAGAAGAGAGGAAUAUGAAAGUGACUUUGAAUCUGACAAUUUGAGUGUAAUUUCUGGACCAGGAUCUGAGUCCUCCGACUCAGAUGAUGAAAAUUUUGUUGUUAUUCCAAUGCCUGCUUGCUUUGUGUGUGAUGUUCCUUUAGGACAGGCAGAAACCGUUCCGGUCUUAGUGAAAUCUGAAUUGAAGGAAUCAAAGUAUGUAAAUGAACAGGGAGUACAAGGCAAUGUUGAUUUGCUAUCAUCUAGUACUGUAAAUGAACCUGAACAAUACGAAGAUAAGCCACUGGAGAAAGUUUAUGCUGUGGACCCUUCUGGAUGUUGUAUUGCUGUCAAAGAUAGCAGUGAAUCUGGGGUUCAGAAUUCAGAAAGGGUACAAAGUCAAUCAUCAUCCAGCAUUGCGGAAGCCAAUUGGAGUGAGACUCCCCAUCGUUGUGAAAGUGAACCAAAGAACCACAAACAAGAAAAUAAUUCACAUUCUGCAACUCAUUCACAUGCUACUGGAACUGAACACGCAGCUACUGAUGAUGUGCAUUCAAAUUCACAUGGUAAUAAUAGUAGCACAUCCAAUACAAAUAAACAUUCUCCAUCUGGCUCAAUGGGACAAGAUCCUUUGACUAAUGUGAUCCAUAUCUUGCCAGAAACGCUUGUCACAGGCGCUGUAAAUGUUGCUUCUACAGCAUAUAGCACAGCUCGAGCCGUCAUCAGUAAUUUGCAGCAUCGAACUCGUCAGAUUGGGGAAGGACAAGAAUGGCAAUGGAAUGAUCUUCCUGAAAAUGCUGUACAGCCAGACAGUACAACCACAGGAAAUUUAGAACUCCUUCAGGAAAUGGGCUUCAGUAAUAGGAUAUUAAAUGUCCUAUUACUACAGAGAUAUGAUAAUGAUCUUACUAAAGUUGUAGCAGAGCUGUUAUCACUUGAAGGGUAAUCUUCAAGUGAUAACUAUUGGAUGAGUGUAAUUCUUAUAAUUAAUCCAUUUAUGCUAGUACAAUCUGUUUUCUUCUCAUUAUUUUGUUAUGAACUUAUUUUCAAGAGAUUUGGGAAGUGCAAAAAUGUUUUGUUAUGUGUUCAGAUGUAAAUUGUAACUGUUCUGGCCAGGCACCUAACCUUGUAUCAUUUGAUAAAAUUUUUUAAAUGUUGAUACAUCUCGAUACCUGAAAACUGAAACUUGAAAUGUUAAAUGAAAUUUAAUAUAAAUGGUUCAUAAUACAUACUUGGCAUAAAUGGAUUGAUUUUAUUGUAUUAUCUUAUGAUCUGUAAUGUGUAAUUAUUGGAGAUGGGAAAUCAUAUUGUAAGUGUUUGAAUGUCAAAAGUUUUAUUAUUUUUUUAUUGCAUAUACAUUCAUAGUUGUUUUGUUCUUUGUUUGCACUUGUGUAUUACUUGGCCACAACAAAUCAAUCCAAAAUUUCAAUGCACUAAAAAACAAUGGUUGUUAAAGUUGAAAUAUUCUUCUGAUAUUCUUGCAUAAAGAUAAAAUGUAUAUACAAUGUGACUGCAUGAGUGUAGGAACAGAAAAUAUGACAGUUGUUAGCAGGGAUAAUACUCUGAUUGAUGCAAAAUUUAAUGAAAACUUUUUUCUUGUUUCUUGUCUCAGUUAUGAUGAAAUAGGUGUCCUUACUUUUUAAAAGGCAACUUCUCACUUGGAAUCUGUAUAUUUCUAUUAUAAUAUCCAAAUGCUUUUGAAUCUGCAUUUUGUAUUAUGCAUACUGGAAUUCUAUAUGGUUUGAGGAAGAAUGAGAAAUACUUUUCAUCAAAUUUCCUGGUCUAAAACAUGACUUUUGUUGGACUCCCUAUGAAUGUUUGGAAAGCAAUUUUGUUGACAUUCAUUACAAGUCAUAAGAAAAACCCGAAAGUUACUUAAAAAUUCUCUCAAUCCUUGAAUUGCUUUUUACUCUGCUUGUGUUUACUAUAGAAUAAUCAUGAUUUUUCCUUUUUUAACUUGGAAGGUCUUCAUUAAAAAUAAUCUAAAGAAUUAUUUGAAGUAUAAUUAUUUGCAGAACUCUUAAAGAUUGUUCAUAACUUGAAAUCUGAUAAUUGCUUGCCAACUACUGUACUGAGCAGAACAUCUAUGAAUUCAUUAAAAUGCAUGCAUGCUGUAAAAGAAUGUAUUUGAUGUAAGUGGGGCCAAAUCAAUAUGAAAUGAAUUUUGAUAAACUUAAAACAUUCAUUCAUAAUUAAAAUAAUUUUAUUGAUGUCAUUGCAUUUCUCUAACUGUACAACAAAAAUAUAAUGUUAUUCUUAUUACAAUGUUUUUGUCUUCUUAGACAACAGUAGACAUAUAUGGCUCAGGCAUUCUAAUAAUCUAUUUAAAUAAUCUGAAACUGCAAGAAAAUUUUAAAUUAAGGCAGACCCUAAGGUAACAAUAUCCUCAAUAAUUUUAAAAAGGAAAAACAAAUUUACCGUGAUUAUGGAGUAAUUUUCUUUUUUGAAACUAACCGGCCAAUAUAAAUAAAUUGGGGGAAUUGUUUAAGUGUCAAAUUUUAAUAUAUGAAUUAAUGGCCACCCUGGGGAGCAAAUCAAAUACAGUUAUGGAAUAAAAGAGGGAAGAAAUUCUUGUAAAUGGGAUAAAGGAAUAAAAAGCCAUAGCAGACUACAGUAUCAUUUCUUUGUAGAUAUGAUUCUCGAAGAGAGUUAUUAAGUUAAUAAACCAGAAUGAAAAAAUUGUCAAAAUAAUCCUGUAGCACACAGCACUGUGAGUAAAUAAAGAAUUCUCAAACGGUUUCUUUUUGUAAAAGAUUUAUCGAGAAACACAAGUGCCCAUAUGGGCUAUAUAGUAUUUGAUAAAUCAGUAACUUUUUGUGUGUAUACUAUGACAUAGAGUGCAUGAUGUAUGGUGUGAUGUCAAUAUACAAAUGAAACUUACCAAGUCAAUUUUUGAUGUUUUUAAGUUAUUUACAUCACUAAGUCAUAUUUUUUCUAUUUUUGAUUAGUGAAGUCUGGAAGUUUUGAUGUACUAAAUAAUCAAUUAUUUCCUUUUUAACUAAGUCAUACAACAAUGAAAAUGGGAAGGAAAAAUCCAUAUGUGGAUAUAAUAUAUUAACGAGUAAUUACAGGAAUUUUAAUAGUAAAUCACUACCCUCUUAAUAUUACCAAUAAUUAAUUUCUAUGUAGUUUUGCCAAAAACUAUUUUCUGUAACAUGAAAACUUUGCUGAUAGAUUCAGGUGGUCAUUUGCGUAUCUGGAUUACAUACUGCAGUCCCUGAACUUCAGUUGUGACAGGCAUUAUCAGAUUGCAACAGAAUAGCAUUGUAAAAAUUAUAAUUUUUUUCGUUUGUUUCUGAACAAAGUAGACUUAAGUCUCUGGUGAUAUUAAACAUUUUACUUACCAAUUUGCCUCGCACAAAGAAUGCUUUAGGAAGAACAGAAUUCAUGAAAAAACUGCUGUGCAAAAACAGUGUUUCUCAGUAAAUAAUAAGAACCCUUUAUCUCGCAACGAAGAAUACAGGUUUUUUUACCACUCAAAAUGAAUUGCUCUAUCUGCAAAUUCAUAGGUCAUACUGUUUUAGGCAUAAACUUUGUUUGGACAUUCAUAACCACAAAAGACAUACAAAACUCUAGAUAAUAAUGAAAAUGACAAGUAAAAAAAAAAUUAUGAACAUAUAAUACUCAGUGUUACAAGAACUAAUCUUUGAAUUUUGCAGCUAAUUCAUUAUACUUUAUUACUGAAGAUAACCAAGAUAUAUAAUCUUGUUAAAGUGUGUGUACAGCUGACAAGAACAUGCAAUUUUGAGAGAAUGUUAUACAUGAAGGGAACUGCAAACCUUAAAACUAAGAAUAUUAAUGUUUGUUUGAUUGUCACAUCAUGAAACAUUUUAAAUGAAUGUAUCUCAAAUGCUAUUAGAAAUUAAAUGAAGGCAGCUUUGGCUUUAAAAAGUUAACUCACGUUUGUUCUGUGUAUUGUAUCUUAAUUUUGGGUAUAAUAUGAAAUUAUAAAUAGCACAAGAUUUUUACUAGGCAAAGGCAUGUGCAUAUUGGGGCUCAUCACUGAAUUACUUGACAUUUCAAGACUGAAUUUUUGCUACUGUUAUAUUCAGAUUGGUCCCCAAUUACUGUCGUGGUACUUGGUCAUUGACUCAGAAUCAACCCAGGAUUGUAUGUGCUUAACAAAGCAGUUUGGCGCUACCUGGAUGCUGAAUUUGUUUAGUAUUGUGUAGAAAUGAUAUUUUGCAAUUGGUAUGCAAAAUCAAAGAAAUUAAUUAUGACAAGGGUGUUCAGUUUAUAUGAACACUCUAUCAAUUUUUUUCAGUGGGUGCACUAAUUUAAGGUAUGUUAUCAACAUUAUGUAUUAUAACAGAUUUAUUUCUUAAACUCUAAUUAUUCAUUACAAUGCACAGUACAUAUGAGUAUUACAAAAUGCUAACCAUUUACUUUUGGACUCUAUCAUUUCCUGAGAAUUAAAAGUGAUGUUACAAGAAAUUGUGUUCAUCAUUCUUACUAAGCAGACAAUUCAAUUACUAAAACACUACAGUGUUAAACCAGAGUAUUUGUAUUCUCGUUCUUGCCACACAUUCUCCUAAUUAUAGUACAGCAUUUGCAAUGAGUUUAAUUAGGAAAGUUGGAAAUUCCAAGAAUUGUUGUUUCUUCUUGUUGACUGUUGUACUGUGUGUGUUGACUGUUGAAUGUGUUACUGUCACAUUCAUGCUGGAAAUUGAAUUGGCCAAGUAAAUAUAAGUUGUCACAUAAUGCAAUUAAUAAAUUUUAGUAUUGAUGGCUGUAUUAAAUAAACUGUAGUGCGCCACAUAAACGUGUUGCUUUGAAGUUGACACUGCAAUGAUUAUUCUGAAAUUAAUGUAACUGCACUUACUUUAAUGUAGUCAAAGUUAAUUUCACUGGACAGGGUGUAUGGAUGUAUUGCCAUAUUUAUAUGUAGUGAAUUAAAGUAAAAUGUGAGAACAGUUGUAUUCUUUCCAUCAGUAUAUCCCCAAAUAAGCUGUGAGGCUCUGAGAGAAG